CGGCCUAGCAACCGUUACCAAGGAGCCCAUCUCUAGCAACCCUCUGACACCCCAAAGAUUUUGGGGGGUGGGGAAAGAAAAGUGAUUUCGUGAGGACAAUUGGAGGGUCAGACCCAGCUAUGAGUGACCAAAUCAAGUUCAUCGUGGACAGCCUCAGCACGGAGCCCUUCAGGAAGAGCUACAACCUCAUCACGUUUGAUUCCCUGGAGCCGAUGCAACUCCUGCAAGUGCUCAGUGAUGUUCUUGCUGAGAUCGACCCCAAGCAAAUUGUCGAUAUCAGAGAGGAGAUGCCAGAGCAGACAGCCAGGCGGAUGCUGAGCCUCCUGGGGACCCUCAAGUACAAACCCCCAGGGAACGCCGCCGACAUGAGCACCUUCCGCCAGGGGCUGGUGAUUGGGAGUAAACCUGUCAUUUAUCCAGUUCUCCACUGGCUCCUUCAGAGGACGAGCGAACUGAAGAAAAGAGCGUACUUGGCUCGUUUUUUAAUAAAGCUGGAGGUUCCGAGUGAGUUUCUUCAGGAUGAAAUCGUGGCUGACACCAACAAACAGUAUGAAGAGCUGAUGGAAGCCUUUAAAGCUUUGCAUAAGGAGUGUGAGCAGCUCAAGACAUCUGGGUUUUCUACAGCAGAGAUAAGACGGGAUAUCAGUGCCAUGGAGGAAGAAAAGGAUCAGCUCAUCAAGAGGGUGGAACGUUUGAAGAAAAGGGUAGAGACAGUUCAGAAUCAUCAACGGAUGCUUCAAAUAGCGAGGCAGCUUCGUGUGGAGAAGGAGAGGGAGGAGUUCCUUGCGCAACAGAAACAGGAGCAGAAGAACCAGCUGUUCCACGCCGUGCAGAGACUGCAGCGAGCGCACAGCCAGCUGAAGAGCCUGCGCCACGCGGCCGCUGACGCCAAGCCCGAGAGCUUAAUGAAGAGGCUAGAGGAGGAGAUAAAAUUUAACUCAUACGUGGUGACUGAAAAAUUCCCUAAAGAAUUGGAGAGCAAGAGAAAAGAGCUGCAUUUUUUACAAAAAGUGGUUUCAGAACCUGCUAUGGGCCAUUCUGAUCUUCUUGAACUUGAGUCUCAAAUAAAUGAAAUAAACACACAGAUCAACCAGCUGAUUGAAAAGAAAAUGAUGAGAAAUGAGCCCAUCGAAGGCAAACUGUCACUGUACAGGCAGCAGGCAUCCAUCCUCGCUCGGAAGAAGGAAGCCAAAGCCGAGGAACUUCAAGAAGCAAAGGAAAAGCUGGCCAGCCUGGAAAGAGAGGUGUCGGUGAAGGCGAAUCAGACGCGCGAGUUUGACGGCACGGAGGUUCUGAAGGGAGAUGAGUUCAAGCGUUAUGUCAGUAAACUCCGAAGCAAGAGCACAGUGUUCAAAAAGAAGCACCAGAUAAUAGCUGAAUUUAAAGCUGAAUUUGGCCUGCUGCAGAGGACAGAAGAACUUCUCAAGCAACGGCAUGAAAAUAUUCAACAGCAACUGCAAACUACUGAGGAGAAGAGGGGAGUGUCUGGAUAUAGCUACACGCAAGAAGAGCUGGAGAGAGUGUCUGCGCUGAAGAGCGAAGUGGACGAGAUGAAAGGCCGGACCCUGGACGACAUGUCCGAAAUGGUGAAAAAGCUGAAUUCACUGGUGGCUGAGAAGAAGUCAGCGCUGGCCCCAGUUAUAAAAGACCUGCGACAGUUGCGGCAGAAAUGUCAAGAGCUGACCCAGGAGUGCAGCGAGAAGAAGUCCCAGUACGACAGCUGUGCCGCAGGCCUCGAGAGCAACCGCUCCAAGCUGGAGCAGGAGGUCAGAGGGCUCCGCGAUGAGUGUCUUCAGGAAGAGAGCAGAUACCACUACACGAACUGCAUGAUUAAGGGCCUACGAGUGCAGCUCCGGCGAGCAGCCGACGAGAUGAGGGCCUACGUCUCGUCUGACCAGCAGGAGAAGAGGAAGGCCGUGAGGGAACAGUAUACCAAAAAUAUUGCUGAACAGGAAAACCUUGGAAAGAAACUGCAGGAGAAGCAAAAAGCUGUUCGAGAAAGCCAUGGCCCGAACAUGAAGCAAGUCAAGAUGUGGCGCGACUUCGAGCAGCUGAUGGCGUGUAAGAGAGAGUGCUUCCUGCAGCAGCGGGGCCAGACGCCUGCUGGCCAGGUAAUUCAGGAGGGCGGCGAGGACCGGCUGGUCCUGUGAGCCCGCCCUGCGGCCGCCUGGGCAGUGACUGUGGCGCACCGCUCUCAGGGUGGCGUGGCGUCGGCGUGCUCAGGGGAGGUGGGCAAGGCAGUCAGUCCCGCAGGCUUCUUAAAAGGAGAGCAAGGCCUGCCUCGCUGGCCUCGCGUAGACACCAGUGCUAUGCUCUGAGUUUCGGGGCGGGAGACUAGCUUUGCUCUUCGUGAGUGCAGACAUGCAAGUCUGAAGAAAUGUGUCGUUUAAAACAAUGUAGUAACCCAGUAGCUUAAUGUUUUCCUAAUCUUUUUUUGACUUUAGAGGAGGCUUUUAGGAACUAGUGUCUCUUGUUUUGAAGAAACGUUUAUCUGAAGUUCAGCAAUUCCUACGGUUUCACUUCAGUUUCUUUUUCUUCUGUAAAGUUCAAGAAAUUUUAAUUACAUGAAUAACAUAUAUCUGUUCGUUUGCAAAUGUAAAGGCAAAUAA